UAUUCCUGGUUGCCAGACAACGACGACGAAGUGGAGGUUUUACGUGCAACUGACGUAAAAUAUUAUCCAAACUGUUGAGUUUAAGCGGAAGUUAAAUAGUUUUAGACUUAAUUAAACCAACAUUAAGUUAGAUAAGUCGUUAGUUAUAACUUCCUUGUCAUCUCUAGUUGUUUAAGAAGCUGGUUUGAACACCGUCGCAGUGAGAGAGAGUCAUCCUAUCAUGUGAUGUUCAUUUGAACAGUCUGCUGCUCCACUGAGGAGUUUCACCUGAACGCUUCGUUUCUCACAGAAGUUCAGUUACUCAAUCUAAAGUCAGAGUUAUAAAGGUUAUUAGUGAUGGAGGUGAACAGAACGGACUUCUACAUCGGUCUCUCUCUGGCUGUGAGCUCCAGCGCUUUCAUCGGAGCCAGUUUCAUCCUGAAGAAGAAAGGCCUGCUGAGACUGGCCAGCAAAGGGUCAAUGCGAGCAGGUCAAGGGGGGUAUGCUUACCUGAAGGAAUGGCUGUGGUGGGCAGGACUAAUUUCAAUGGGAACUGGAGAGGCCGCCAACUUCGCUGCAUAUGCAUUUGCGCCGGCUACACUGGUGACUCCUCUUGGAGCAUUGAGUGUACUUGUGAGUGCCGUGCUCUCCACUUACUUUCUGAAUGAGAGGCUGAACGUACAUGGGAAGAUCGGUUGUUUGCUGUGCGUCUUGGGCUCCACGGUGAUGGUGAUCCAUGCCCCACAGGAGGAGGAGGUUGCCUCCCUCAGUGCCAUGGCUGAGAAGCUCAAAGACCCAGGUUUCAUUGUGUUUGCUGUGUGCGUUGUUGGAAGCAGCCUGGUUCUUAUCUUUGCCGUGGCUCCGCGGUUUGGACAGAAGAAUGUGCUGGUCUACAUCCUGAUCUGCUCUGUGAUUGGCUCCCUGUCUGUGUCUUGUGUGAAGGGCCUGGGCAUUGGCAUUAAGGAGCUGUUUGCCGGGACAGCAGUGCUGAAGGAUCCCCUGUUCUGGGCCUUAGUCAUCAGCCUGAUAAUCUGCAUCAGCAUUCAAAUCAAUUACCUGAACAAAGCCCUCGACAUCUUCAACACCUCCCUAGUCACGCCCAUCUACUACGUCUUCUUCACCACCUCCGUCAUGGCCUGCUCGGCCAUUCUCUUCAAGGAGUGGUUGCGUAUGACCGCUGACGGAGCAGUGGGAACAAUUAGCGGGUUCCUCACCAUCAUUUUGGGGAUCUUCCUCCUCCAUGCCUUCAAGGACAUUACAUUUAGCUGUGAUUCCCUCCCACAGUUCCUGAGGAAGGGUCCUCAGGGCUUUCCAUGGGGGCACCAGCCGUAUGUGGCUCUUCCCAGCCACGAAACACAAUCAGAGGAUGAGAUUAAACUGCCCAGAGAAGGAAGCUCAAAGGGGGGCUGGGGUACGCACCAGAGAGCUCCUUAAGGAGGACCAAUAGUCUUGUCACUGCUGAGAAAAUUGGUAAUUCUGAAGCUUUACUGUUCACCACUCUUACAAUGUGACAAGUUAGUUUACUAAAUCUGAAUUUCAAGUCUUACACACAAUGCACUGGAUGAACAAAGUUGCUUAAAGUGAGCAUAAUGUUCCUGUCAGCACACUGGAUGUCAUAGAUGUACAUCCACAUCUUUAGUUAAACAAAAAGACAGGACAGGAUUAUAAUCUGAAGUAUAAUUUAUAUCAUUGUGAAUGUUUGUUGCACUGCUGUGUACAUGUUUUUUUAUACAGUAUAUUAAGUUAAAGAAAAUAAUUGAAGGUUGAAUAUUAGCCUGCUUAAACCAGAUUGUGCCUUCUGUUACUGAAAACAAUAACCUUAUUCAUAGGUUUGCACUUUUAACCUUAGCAGACAUUGUACAAAUGUAUGAUUUUAAGACCAGUGUAAAGGCAAAGAAAUGAUUUGUCCUGAAUGCAUUUCAAUCAUCUGUUGUUGAUGAUCAAGUUUGAGUAAUUUCUAUUAUGAGUUACUGUAAUACCUCAGUAUUAUAUGCAAACCGCACCAAAGAAUGUUAUUAUUUCCCUGUGUGGAUCAAUUCCCAACAUGUGCCAAACUGUAAUAAUAUAAUAUGAUGUAACUAGGGCUGUCCAGAAUGCCAUUUUUUUUGGGCUUCGAAGCUUUUGGUGAGAAAUAUUCGAAGGUAUUCGAAGCUUCGCUGAGCAGCGCGGAAGGCUGACAUGUUCUUCUGUCUGUCGGUCUCCAUCUCCGCCCGUUUCAGUGCCCAGGAGAGCGCCACUGCCAUACUACUGUACACACAUGCAGCUCUACACAUGACAAGCAGCGAUAUGCCUCUGAGAAUAACUUAAAAAUUAUUAAUGUUGCAUAUGAAUAAUGAAUGUUAUUGUGGGUUUAUUCCUUCAGGGGGCUUUUAUGGGAUUUUAUACAUUAUUAUUGCAUACAAUAUUUUGAAAAAC